AUGGAGUUUGCUGUGGGAGAUUUGGUAUUUCUGAAGGUAUCGCCUAUGAAAGGCGUAAUGAGAUUUGGCAGGAAAGUCAAGCUUAGCCCCAGGGGUAUUGGGUCAUGUCAGGUCGUGCAGAGAAUUGGCCAAGUUGCAUAUAAACUUGAUUUGCCACCAGAGCUAGAGGCAGUCCAUCCGGUAUUCCAUGUCUCCAUGCUUCGUAAAUGCUUAGGCUAUCCUUCUCGCAUUACUCAUAUUGAGGAUGUUCAAGAUAUUGAGGACUUGUCAUACGAGGAAGUUCUGGUCACCAUCCUAGAUCGUUAA